AUGGCGGACGAAGUGUAUGAUGGUGCCAUUGGCAUCGAUCUGGGUACCACCUACUCGUGCGUUGCCACGUACGAGGGUACCAAUGUCGAGAUCAUCGCCAACGAGCAGGGUUCUUUCACCACCCCGUCGUUCGUCUCCUUCACUGAUAAGGAGCGUCUGAUUGGUGAGGCCGCCAAGAACAACGCUGCCAUGAACCCCCGGAACACCGUCUUCGACGCCAAGCGUCUGAUCGGUCGCCGCUUCGAUGACCCCACCGUCAAGAAGGACAUCGAGUCGUGGCCCUUCAAGGUCGUCGACGAUGCCGGCCAGCCCAAGAUCGAGGUUGACUACCUCGGCGAGAAGAAGCAGUUCUCCGCCCAGGAGAUCUCUUCUAUGGUCCUCCUCAAGAUGAAGGAGAUUGCCGAGGUCAAGCUUGGCAAGAAGGUCGAGAAGGCCGUCAUCACCGUCCCCGCCUACUUCAACGACAACCAGCGUCAGGCCACCAAGGAUGCUGGUGCCAUCUCCGGCCUCAACAUCCUCCGUAUCAUCAACGAGCCUACUGCUGCUGCCAUUGCCUACGGUCUGGGCUCUGGCAAGUCUGACAAGGAGCGCAACGUCCUCAUCUACGAUCUGGGCGGUGGUACCUUCGAUGUCUCUCUCCUGAACAUCCAGGGCGGUGUCUUCACCGUCAAGGCUACCGCUGGUGACACCCACCUGGGUGGCCAGGACUUCGACACCAACCUCCUCGACCACUGCAAGAAGGAGUUCACCCGCAAGUCCAAGAAGGACCCCAGCGGUGAUGCCCGUGCCCUCCGCAGACUCCGUACUGCUUGCGAGCGUGCCAAGCGUACCCUGUCCAGCGGUGCCCAGGCCACCAUUGAGAUCGACUCUCUCUUCGAUGGCGAGGACUUCACCAUGACCAUCACCCGUGCCCGUUUCGAGGAGCUCAACGCCAAGGCUUUCUCUGGCACCCUCGAGCCUGUUGCUCAGGUCCUCAAGGAUGCUGACAUCCAGAAGAGCGCCGUCGACGAGAUCGUCCUUGUCGGUGGUUCCACCCGUAUCCCCCGUAUCCAGAAGCUCCUCACCGAGUUCUUCGACGGCAAGAAGCUUGAGAAGAGCAUCAACCCCGAUGAGGCCGUCGCCUACGGUGCCGCCGUCCAGGCCGGUAUCCUCUCCGGCAAGGCCACGUCCGCCGAGACCUCGGACCUCCUCCUCCUCGAUGUCGUCCCCCUGUCUCUGGGUGUCGCCAUGGAGGGCAACAUCUUUGCUCCCGUCGUUACCCGCGGACAGACUGUGCCUUGCUUGAAGAAGCGCACCUUCACCACCGUUGCCGACAACCAGCAGACCGUUCAGUUCCCCGUCUUCCAGGGUGAGCGUGUCAACUGCGAGGACAACACCUCCCUGGGCGAGUUCACUCUUGCUCCUAUCCCCCCCAUGAGGGCUGGCGAGGCCGUCCUCGAGUGUGUCUUCGAGGUCGACGUCAACGGUAUCCUCAAGGUCACCGCCACCGAGAAGACCUCUGGCCGCAGCGCCAACAUCACCAUCUCCAACUCCGUUGGCAAGCUCUCCACCGAGGAGAUCGAGAAGAUGGUCAGCGACGCCGAGAAGUUCAAGAACAACGACGAGGCCUUCAGCAAGAAGUUCGAGGCUAAGCAGCAGCUCGAGUCCUACAUCGGCCGCGUCGAGGAGAUUGUCUCCGACCCGACCCUGUCCCUCAAGCUGAAGCGCGGCCAGAAGGAGAAGAUCGAGAGCACCAUCAGCGACGCCAUGGCUGCUCUUGAGCUCAACGAGAGCACUGCUGAUGACCUCAAGAAGCAGGAGCUCGCCCUCAAGCGCCUUGUCACCAAGGCCAUGUCUUCCCGAUAA